AUGGCGUCAGCUGCAAAGGGAAAGAUUUUGGCCGUCAUCGGUGACGAGGACACCGUCGUCGGAUUCCUGCUCGGAGGUGUUGGAGAGCUCAACAAGGUAAACUAGUUUUCAUCUGAAAAUACAAAGACGCGUCACAAUUGCAGGCUCGCAAGCCAAACUAUCUGAUUGUCGACAAGCAGACCGCCAUUCAAGAGAUCGAAGAGGCCUUCAAGGCCCUCUGCGCUCGUGACGACAUCGCCAUCAUCCUCAUCAACCAGCACAUCGCCGAAAUGAUCCGUUACGCCGUGAGUUGAUUCGCAGCUUACUUAUUUAAGCUCCUGUUAUUUCAGGUCGACCAGCACACUUCAUCUACUCCAGCUGUGCUUGAGAUUCCGUCCAAGGAGGCUCCAUACGAUCCAUCAAAGGUAAAGACUUUCAUUCAAUUUCUAGAUCAGUAGAAACCUUUCCACGUUUCAGGACAGUAUCCUGAACAGAGCUCGCGGACUUUUCAACCCAGAGGACUUCCGAUAA